AACUUGCUCUUUGGGUUUUGAAUCUCUCUUCUUCUAGCAGUUUCUUCCGUCGCCAUGUCGGAAACCGCUCCUGCUGAGACGGCUGCCCCGGCGCCGGUGGAGAAAUCUCCUGCCAAGAAGAAGUCUACUAAGAAGUCCGCGAGCGGUGGCGCGGCUAAGCGCAAGGCGACCGGGCCCCCAGUUUCUGAGCUGAUCACUAAGGCUGUGGCUGCCUCCAAAGAGCGCAAUGGCCUUUCUUUGGCAGCGCUCAAGAAGACCCUGGCAGCUGGCGGCUACGACGUGGAGAAGAACAACAGUCGAAUCAAGCUGGGUCUCAAGAGCCUGGUGAGCAAGGGUACCCUUGUGCAGACCAAGGGCACGGGUGCUUCCGGCUCCUUUAAGCUCAAUAGGAAGGCGCCCACCGGGGAAGCCAAGCCGAAGGCCAAGAAAGCGGGGGCUGCUAAAGCGAAAAAACCCGCAGGGGCCACCCCUAAGAAGCCCAAGAAGGCUGCGGGAGCAAAGAAAGCAGUGAAGAAGACUCCCAAGAAGGCGAAGAAGCCCGCAGCCGCUGGCGUCAAAAAGGUGGCCAAGAGUCCCAAGAAAACCAAAGCCGCGGCAAAGCCGAAGAAGGCUGCCAAAAGCCCCGCUAAGCCUAAGGCAGUGAAGCCAAAAGCGGCGAAACCCAAAGCUGCCAAGCCUAAGGCAGCAAAACCCAAAGCUACAAAGGCGAAGAAGGCGGCUCCCAAAAAGAAGUAGGAAGUUGGCGCUUAAGACGCAAACCCCAAAGGCUCUUUUCAGAGCCACCCAGAGAUCUCUGAAAACAGCUGUGCAUUGAGUAACAUAUUAUUCUCAGCCGCCCGCCAAGAAACAAUUGCUUGCCCUCUACUUCCAGUAAAUGUUUUCACCUUUCCUCCUGCUUGGAACUCAGUGAAAAACAUACUCUUUUUAAAACACAACAAAGAAAAUUUGACCUGCAUCCAGGAACCUGCAAAAUUGUCCACGGGUUUUUUAAGACAUUUUGGUUCCUGGAUGUUUAGCUACAAAGAACUUUUUAAAGUUAAAAAGCCCGCGUCACGUUCAGAUAGGUCAACUGUUUCUGUUCAAAUGGUAAGACGUUUUUAUUCCGGUUUAUGCGCCACCUAAUUCACUGCACACAUCUAUUUUUAAUUUGAUAUUGCAGGAAUCAAGGCACAGAGCAUAACUUCAGCACUGGCAGAGGUCGAGUUAUACUGCAAAUAAGCCGAGAAAGUGUUUUGAUUGUCCUCAGGGGCCCUUAAAAGAUACUUUGAUUUUGCAUCUUAACACUGCACUCCCUUACCAAAGCUCUUGAUAUCUUCCUCCUGACAUUCCGAGGACAUGACUAGGAGUCCGAAAAGUGGCUCAAACUGCUUGCCAAAUUAAUUACAUGAAGUAAUUUCUUUUCCCCAGGCAAUAAUGACAAUGGAAUUAAAUGAAACUACUGUCCCAGCUCCUCCGCAGAAAAAGUAGGUGGCUCUGAAAAGAGCCUUUGGUUUCGAAGGCGUUGCUCUUGAGGCCUUACUUGCCCUUGGCCUUGUGGUGGCUCUCGGUCUUCUUGGGCAGCAGCACCGCCUGGAUGUUGGGCAGGACGCCGCCCUGAGCGAUGG